AUGGUCGCCGAAAACUACGAGGCUGUCCUCAAGGGCAAAUACCCAGGCAAAGCCCAUGCCAAGCGCGUCGUCGACCUUAUCCGCAAAGAUGUCCCUGACGCCAAUGGUAUUAUCUACCUCGAGAGUCAAAUGACCAAGAUGAUGGAGGAUAGCGACGAGCCUGAGCCGUUCCGCCAGCGCCGAUACUUUUACUACCUCACCGGCUGCAACCUCCCCGAUAGCCACUUCAUCUACGACAUCCAAUCCUCAAAGUCGAUCCUCUUCAUUCCUCCCAUCAACCCCGACGACGUUAUCUGGUCCGGCCUCCCCGUUAGCAUCGACGAAGCCCUCGCGCAGUACGACGUCGACGAGGUCAAGCUGACCACCGAGCUCAACGCUACCCUAGCGCACCUUGGAGCCGCCAACCCCAAGUCCUCAGCCUUUGCCAUCGCGAAACAAGUCUCGGACCAUGUCUCCUUCAUCGAAUUUGACAAGAAGAACUUCGACGUCUUGAAGAAUGCCAUCGAGGUCUCCCGAGUGGUCAAGGACGAGUUCGAGGUUGCCAUGCUUCGAAAGGCCAACUAUAUCUCCGGCAUUGGACAUCGCGCUGUUUUCGCCAGGGCAAAGACUGCCAAGAACGAGCAAGAGUUCGAGGCUGCUUUCUUUGAGCGAUGUGUGACCCACGGAAUCAAGAAGAUGUCCUACGACCCCAUUGCUGCCUCUGGAAGGGCUGCUGCGACCCUGCACUACGUCGGAAACAACGCUCCUCUGGAGGGCAAGCUCAACUUGUUGAUGGAUGCCGGUGGCGAGUGGAACAACUACGCCGCUGAUAUUACACGAACAUUCCCUCUAUCAGGCAAGUUCACUAAGGAAUCCCGUCACAUUUACGAGACUGUCCUCAAGAUGCAAAAAGAGUGCAUACAAGUCCUCAAGGCGGGCGUCCUCUGGGAUGAUGUUCAUCUUCUUGCCCACAAGAUUGCCAUUGACGGUCUGCUCGAGGCUGGUGUUCUCAAGGGCGACAAGGACGAGAUCCUCAAGGCUCGCACCAGCGCUGCUUUCCUCCCUCACGGCCUGGGCCACUACCUCGGUAUGGACACUCACGACACAGGAGGUAACCCCAACUUUGCCGACAAGGAUAAGAUGUUCCGAUACCUGCGCGUGCGAGGCAACAUUCCCAGCGGCAGCGUUGUCACAGUUGAGCCUGGUAUCUACUUCUGCAAGUUUAUUAUCGAUCCGUAUCUCGAAGACCCUGCGCACAGCAAAUUCAUCGAUAAGGAUGUUCUGGAAAAGUACUGGGAUGUUGGUGGAGUCCGUAUCGAGGACAACAUUCUUAUCACUGAGGACGGUCAUGAGAACCUGACAGAUGUUCCCAGAGAGGCGGAUGAGAUGGAGGCUUUGGUUUCUGGAAGUUAA